AUGGCGGCGCAGCGGUCGCGCGAGGGCUACUUCGGCGACGCGUCGGCGUCGACGCCGUCGAACAAGGGCGGCGCGCCGCGCAUCGUGCUCGGCGACGCCUACGGGCGGCCGCGCCGCGGCGAAACGUCGCUGGGCCGGCUGGGCCUCGACGAGGCGGCCGUGGAGCGCGGGCUCCGGGGCUGCGCGGGCCGCUACGCCGACCGCGUCGUGAUCGUCACCGGCGCCGCGCGGGGCAUCGGCGAGGGCUGCGCGCGCGUCUUCUUCGAGGCCGGCGCGGCCGUCGUUUUAGUCGACCGCGACGAGAAGGGCGGCGCGGCGCUCGCCGCGGAGCUCAACGGCCAGGACUGGAGCCUCGACGAGGCCUCGGGCCGCGCCAAGUUCGUCAAAGCCGACGUCUCCGUCGCCGCGGAGCUCCAAGCCGCCGUCGCCGCGACCGUCGCGACCUUCGGCCGCGUCGACUGCGUCGUCAACAACGCCGGGUGGCACCCGCCGCACAAGCCCAUCGACGACUUCUCCGUCGACGACGUCCAGGACCUGCUCCAGCUCAACUUCGUGUCGGCCUUCGCGCUCUGCAAGUUCGCGCUGCCGCACCUCCGGGCGUCGAAGGGCUGCAUCGUCAACAUGUCGUCGCUCGUGGGCCACUUCGGCCAGGCCAAGGCCUGCACCUACGCCGCGACCAAGGGCGCGCUCACGGCCUUCACGAAGGCCCUCGCCAUCGACGAGGCGCCCAACGGCGUCCGCGUCAACUCCGUGUCGCCGGGCAACAUCUGGACGCCGCUCUGGAAGGCGGGCGCCGACGCGGACGCGGACCCCGCGGCCGCGCGCGCCGCCGGCGACCGCGCCCAGGUCAUGGGCCGCAUGGGCACGAUCCUCGAGGCGGGCCGGCUCUGCCUCUGCAUCGCCGCGGACAUGACGUUCACGACGGGCGUGGACCACAUCCUCUCCGGCGGCGCGGAGAUCGGCUACGCCAUGCGCGCCUAG